GAAAAUGUCCAUCCCAUAUAAUAUAUAUCACAGAUUCACUCAGUUUUUGACAUCAAAACAGAUCACUUUUGUACUGACACAUAUUAAUGAUAGUCAUCAUGCUUAGUGCUGGUGUAUAGGGAGCAUAUGACUUUUGAUAAAUUUAUUGUAAAUACAGUUAUUUAAGAUAGUUUUUUUAUAUUUAUUAGACAAGAUGAAUGUAAUAACUGCAGUGAAGUAUUAUGUUGCAAAAAUGACAGAGGAGAGUGGUCCAGGAAUGAAAGUUCUUUUAAUGGAUAAACAAACGACCAGCAUUAUCAGUUUAGUUUAUAGUCAAUCAGAGAUAUUAAUGAAAGAAGUCUACCUUUUUGAUCGUCUCGAUGCUGCUGUUCGCAAUGAAGGAUUAAAACAUUUAAAGUGUAUUGUAUUCAUAAGGCCAACAGAAGAGAACGUUAGACUUUUGUGUAACGAACUGAGAUAUCCAAAAUACGGAGUCUAUUAUAUUUAUUUUAGUAACAUUAUUCCUAAAACAGAUAUUAAACUUCUCGCUGAAAAUGAUGAGCAAGAAGUUGUUCGUGAAGUACAUGAAUUCUAUGCUGAUUAUCUGGCUAUAAGUCCACAUUUGUUUUCACUUGGUAUCAGUACCUGUUCACGAGGACUCAAUUGGGAACCAGCACAUUUACAAAGGACUGUGCAAGGCAUAACAGCUGUGCUGUUAUCUUUAAAAAAGUGCCCUCUUAUACGUUUUCAGAGUAGUUCUGAUAUGUGCAAACAUUUAGCUGAAAAAAUUCGUUAUGUUUUGACUCAAGAGUCAAAUUCAUUUGAAUUUAGGCAAGAAUCAAAUCCAAUUUUACUAAUUCUUGACAGAAGAGAUGACCCAGUUACACCAUUACUUAAUCAAUGGACUUAUCAAGCAAUGGUACACGAAUUAUUAACAAUUAAUAAUAACAGAGUAGAUUUAUCCAAUGUUAAAGGUAUAUCAAAGGAGUUAAAAGAGGUUGUCCUUAGUGCCCAACACGAUGAAUUUUAUGCUCAAAAUUUAUAUCUAAAUUUUGGAGAAAUUGGUCAAGUAAUAAAAGACUUAAUGGAAGAAUUCCAAAAGAAAGCAAAAAAGCACCAGAAAGUGGAAAGUAUUGCUGAUAUGAAAAAUUUUGUGGAAACAUAUCCUUUAUUUAAAAAAAUGUCUGGUACAGUUGCUAAACAUGUAACGGUUGUUGGUGAACUGUCUAAUCUUGUUGGAACUUACAAUUUGUUAGAAGUAUCUGAGCUUGAGCAAGAGCUAAGUUGUCAAAGUGAACAUUCCACUCAACUUCAAAAAAUCAAAAAACUAAUCAAUGAUAGUCGAGUACGUGAUAUAGACGCUACUCGUUUAGUGAUGUUAUAUGCCCUGCAUUAUGCAAAGCAUACUAAUAAUGAUAUUGCUGGUUUAUGUUCGAUGUUAAAGAAAAGAGAUGUUCCAGAAAAAUAUACAAAGUUGGUAUAUAGUAUAUUAGAUUACAGUGGUAUUUCUACAAAACAAAUAAAUUUGUUCGAUCGAGAAGCUGUUGCAAAAAUAACUAAAAAAUUGUUCAAAGGAUUGAAUGGUGUUGACAAUAUUUAUACACAGCAUACUCCUUUAUUAGCAGAAACUAUUGAAGAUCUCAUCAAAGGCAAACUGAACGUUCAAACAUUUCCUUAUCUUGGCAAUACAGUAUUAACAAAAAAACCUCAAGAUAUUAUCAUAUUUAUGAUUGGUGGAACAACUUAUGAGGAAAGCUUAGCAGUUAAUAACUUGAAUAAACAGAAUCCUGGAACGAGAAUCAUUUUAGGUGGUACAACAAUUCACAACUUUGAAAGUUUUUGCGAUGAAAUACAGUCUGCAAUGGUAGGCGCUAUUGCAAGGUAUAGGCCAAGAAGUGUAAGAGAGCGAAAUGAACGUGAUCAUGACUGAAAUAAGAAAUAAUUUAUUGCUUUUUGUGUAUACAUACUAAUUAAUUAUUUUAACAUUGUGCAAUCAUUCCAAUUGCAUAUGUACAUAAAAACUGCUCUUUUAGCACAUAGAAGUCACUAUAAUAAAUGUUUAAACAAAGUUAUCUAUGGUUUUUGGUAAACGAUUUUUUUUUAUUUUACAUUUGAUUAAAACAAAACUUGUGCUUAAAAAAAAGUGCUAAUCUUCAUCGUCUUCUUCCUCAUCUUCAUAAACAUAGUUCAUAGAAUCUGCUAAAUCAUAAUCACUGUCUUGAACCUGAAACAAACAAUUAAGUCAAAAUUAAAAUAACUCACUUGGGUGGUAUAUUAAUCACGAUUUAAUUGCAAUUUAGAAUGCACUUUCUUACAAACAAAUUUGGCUAUAUCUACUAAGUAUUAAUUGGUAUAUUUUCAUUUUCCCAAUUUAUCAUUGUUUUGAUAUUUCUAUAAAAGGAAAAUAUUAGACAAACUUUAGGAACUCAAAGCAGUUUACAUAUUUUAGUAUGCAUAGUAAUUUAAUCAACGAUCAGGUCUUUUGGCAAAUCUAUUUGAUACUUACGUUUUAAAUCUUCUUUCUCAAGCCUAAGAAAUUUUCUGCUGGUUAUUAAAUACAUUAUUACCUACAAUUGUAAACUACUGUUUGAAUUUAAUUAAUCUGCAAUGUACAUGUAAAUCGGGAAGAACUUCAUUUUUAUAAAAUAAAAUUCCAAUAAAUGCGAUAGAAAAAUAA